AUUGCAUGUCAAAAUUGUCAAAUAUGAUAGUUGUGCUAGUGUUCGCGCCAAAGCUGUUUUGGUUUAUAAUAUUAUCCAUAAACAACCCAUAAGUUUAUUUAAAUGAGUAUACAAUCUGGAAAUAAGUAUAUAUAAUAUAUAACUAAAUCUAUUAUUUAGAAAACAGUGUUUUACAAUUUGACUACUAGUGAAAAAACUAGUCAGCGUAAUAAUGGCUGGAUCAUUUGAGACUAAAAGACUAUCAAUGAAUACAGUUCUCAAAAACGCUAGAAUCUUCGAAGAUGAUUCUUGGGAUACUGACACUGCAGGAUUUGGAAUACCUGGGAAUGUACAAGAUAAAGAUAAUAAUAGUAUAAUUAAAUCAGAACCCAAAGAAGAAGGUGAAUUGGAUGAUUCCAUUAGUGAGACAGGAGCAAACACUAGCUCAAUCCAAAAUGAUACAUAUUUAUCGUCAAAAUCUACAAAUGAGGAAAAACGGUAUUUUAAAGAUAUUCAUAUAAAAUCAGAAAUGAAGGUGACUGAUAAAUUGGAUGAUUGUGAACUGAAUGUUACUUUAGAUACAUCGUAUAUUAAAAAAGAGUCAGAAGACCAUUGUAUAAAUACAGAGUUAAUUGCAAAUACACCUAUAAAAAAAGAAAUAUGUCAAGAUGAAUCUAAUCCAUCUCCUUUUAAUAAAGAAUUAUUUAGAAACUUCAGCCUAGAAAGCCCAAAAUCUAAGAACUCUGUUCAAGUUGAUGAUAAAAAAAAAGCUGUUAAAAGAGUCUUUGAACAAAACAUUAAAGAAGAAGAAGAGACAUCAGAUGAGACAAGCGAGUCUGAAGAUGAUGAAGUGAAAUGUCCACCACCUCCAAGGAUAGGUGAUCUAAGUGAAUACAACAGAAUUCCCAUAAAGAAGAGAUUAGGUGGAAAAUGUGAUCAUAAUGUACCCCAAAAAAAACCAAGGAGGGAAAUGGAAACUGAUCCAGUUGUACUUUCAAGGCGACAGAAACAAAUUGACUAUGGAAAGAAUACUCUUGGAUAUGACAAUUACAUACAAAAAGUUCCAAAAAGAGAAAGGGGUCCAGAUGAUCCAAAAACUCCAAACAAGUACAUACAGUAUUCCCGAAGAGCAUGGGACGGUUUGAUAAAGCAGUGGCGUUUGCAGUUACAUAAAUAUGAUCCAGCGGACGAUUAAUCUGUUAGAAUUAGGAAUAUCUACUAUGUAAAUAAUUUUUUUGUUAUGUAUAUAUCAAGAUAAGUAAUAUUAAUAAACACAUUGGUACAAUAUCAAUGAAGUAGUAAGAUUUAAUAAUCUGAUUAUAAGAUUUAUUAUGCUAAAAGAUUUUUUUCUUCGAUUUGAAACUAGCGUUUAUUGACCUUGAAAAUAUUUUUUACUAAAUUGAAUUUUUUAAGAAUUAGAAAUUAAGUUGAAUUCAGUAAAUAUGUGCUUUAAUCCUUUGUUGCCUAACUUAUUAGGAUUACGAUUAUUUUAUCUUUUUUUGACUAUAGUCGUUAAAAUAGGUGAACUAGCACCAAAAAAAUGUUUUUUUUUAAAUUUCUUCAUAGAAAAACCAAGGUGGUAUUUUGAAGUACUGUCAAGCAUUUGGAAAUGAUUGUAAUGGUAACAAUUACAACUUUUUUUACUUUGUUCCACAUUAAAUUUUAUAUAAAUAACUAACUAAAUAAGAAAAAUGUUUAUUUAUUACAAAAAUAAAACAAGCAACAAAACAAUUUUUGAUAGCAUUACAACAAAGAUAUAAACGUGAUGUAGAGCAUUUUGACAGUGGUUUGGAUUGAAUCUCUUAUUUACUACAACCUUCAAAUCUACCCCUCUUGUUAAUGAAAAUGACCAACAGUUUGAAAGGCAUACAUCUGGGGAAAUGGAAUAGCCAUGACCACGCCUCUUCUUAUUAGAAGUAACGUUAAUCACAUCCUAUUAUUGGUUCCACAUCGUUUAUGGGUUAUUAGCCCCAUAGCAACAGAUAGGCAAAAUACAUUUGUUUAAAUUUAUUGCCAAGUUGUUUCCUUUUCGUAAAUGUAUGUUACACUCUGUCAAGACGAAUACACUAGUAUUUAAAGGAAUUUUUAGAUUCUUGACUUUUGGUUAGGUCCUAAUUCUUCAUUAUAGACAUGAACAUUGGAAUUUUAUAUUCUACCUAUAAUAGAACGCGCAUAAAAAUAAGAAUCAUUUAAUACAUACAUUACUAUACUUAUAUGUAAUAGUUGUGGAAUUAUUUGAGUUUCUCUAUGUAUUGCAUUAAAAAAAAACUAAAUAGAAAAAACAAAAAGCUAUACAAAUAUCGUACCCUUAAACAAAUAUUUUUAUUUGGGCAGAUUCAACUGCAUCUACAUCACUAGGUAUUCAACUAUAGGCACUGCAUCCAACUCAAGUAUAGCAAUUCUAUAAGAUUUCAAUCAAAAAUACUCAGAAUUGUUGUAAAUGCUCCUACCCAACAGUGUUAUCGCUUGUGAUAUCCAAAUUAAGACCGUUAAAGAAGAAAUAUCUUAUUUCUCCCAAAAAUAUUCUUAUCCCCAUCCCAACACAUUGGCUGAAACUUUAAUGAGACCUCCCACCCAGUAUAGGUUUAGAAGGCAUUUGAUUUUAGUAAUGUGUUGUGUGGUUAUCCUUCAAUCAAACGAUUUAAGUGAAGGGAAAUUGCCACUGGGUAAGUCUAUAAGACAGUUUAUAUUGCUUUAAGCCAUUUGCUCAUUGUAAAAUUUUCCACAUUGCAAAUGAAAAAAAGGGGUAAAAAAAACUAGGUAUCUUAGUUCAAAGAAGCUCAACUGUAUUAUCAUCUUAAGAUUAGUUCUCAGAAAUGUUUUCAGAUGGUAAAUGUUGUUUGUUAAACCCAUUAAAAAGUUUUUUGAGGCUCCAGGCAGUGCUAUUUUUAUCUUAACUAUAACAAAUUGCAAAUAUAAAAUAAAAAAUUAUAAAUUAGAAAGUAGUUGAAUAUCAGGUCGACAAUUUCUUGAAUUGCUGCCCAUAGUUUGCAGAAUAUUGAAAUAAACUUUUGAUACUCUUAUGAAUAAUUGUCACCAUAUAAUUUAUUUCACUUAUUUUUUUUUAAUUAUAAAAAAUUUAUUUGAGGUCAAUAAAUUUCAUUAUUAAUUUUUUAUUUUGUUGAAGAAAUACAUAUAAUUAUUAAAAACAAAAUUAUAAAAUUUCUUCACCUCACAUUUGUAAUUUUUUUAUGAUAAUGAUUUUUAAUUUAUUUUUGUAGUGCAAAUCACAAUAUUAAAAUUUUAUUUCAAUUAUUCUGAUUUGAAUUGUAUUUAUGUAAAUAUUGAUUAUCGAUGUAUUCAAUAGUUUUAAUGAAAUUUAUAGACAUUGUACUGAGUACUAUAAUAUACAACUAGUUUAUAA